AAAAGAACGAAAAGUUUGUGGGUGUAAGCGACCACGCUAACAGUGUCGUCUGUGCGGCUUCAAUAUUAUCGGUGGAGGAAUUCUAAAGAUAACUGAAUAGUGGGAAGCAUUACCAGGAUGAUUGGGAGACUGAGACUAGCACAGUAUAUGAGAGUGAGCGGUUCCCUUGUGCAGAGAAGUCUUUCAACCACACCUGCGGUCGGCACAGGCGAGAGAGAAAAGGAGAGUUGGAAAACAGAGUCAGAGAAAGAAGAACUACCAAAAGGCGAGUGGAGAAGUUUUUUCCAUUACUUUGCUCCAAAAAAGGGAAUAACCAUUGAUGUUGUUCAUCACCUGCAGAAAGGCUUUGAUCUGCGCCCCAAAGCACUGCAGAAAUGGUUAAAGAAGAUCAAGCAAAAGAGGAGUGAAAAUGAUCAAGUGUUCCGAAAAGACAGAGUAGCAGCUCUUGGCUUUGACUUGGCUGCUGCACAUUUCAUAGUCCAUCGUGGCGGCAAAGUCAGAUUCAAAGACAGUCAAGAAUGGACACAGCAAGAUGAAGAUGAAGAAUAUGAUUUACCUGGUCAUUACAAUGAAAAUUUUGCAGUUGAAGCUAUUGAUGCAUCAGAAACAAAUAUUUUGUAUGAGGGAUUUGAAUGCAUAAGUAAUUUAAAGCAGUUGACAUGGCUGAGUGUUGCAAACUGCCCUCACAUUGAUGACUGGUGCAUUGAUCGCAUCUGUGGCCAGUAUGCUUCAACCCUGAAACACCUAGACAUCAGUAAUUGUACUAAAAUUACACACCGUGGUAUUGCUGCUUUAGCACGUCUUGGGGAGUUAAGGAGUCUACAUAUCAAUGGACUAGAAAAUAUUAGAGACAUCCAGUUACUGUGCUUACUGCUUGAAGACAUUUUACCAGAAAUUAAGAUAGUUGGAAUUGAUUAUAUGGACACAUCAAGUUUACAAAAAUCAACGGUUAAUGAAGAUCAGUUAUUAUAAACUUCUCUCUCUAAAGCUGUGGAAUUUGUUGCAAGGCUCCAGAUAGCCGACUUAGUGGCUCUCUGUUGAGGUUUUAUUUUGAGUAUUUCGAAAAUCCUAUUUUUGAUUAUUGGUGUGUAACAAGUACUACCAAACUCUUUUCCUCUAAAGCUAUUUAUGAAUUUAAUAGAAAGCAAGGAAAUUGUCAUCCUGCAAUUAUGUAAAGUAGAAAAUUGGUUUUAUAUAAAUGUAGGCCACCUAUGUGGCGAUUUUGCAAAAUUUGUGAAUAUUGCUGCUUUAUACUGUAAGAUAUAGGAGGAACAAGUACAUUUAGGUUGUAUUUUAUAUUGUAUAUAAAAGAAUCUGCUGUAAAUAUUCCUACAAAGGGCUGUGUGUUGUAAUCAAAUCAACUAACUAAAAUGUAAUGAGAAUCUCUUGAAUACAAAAAGAAUUAAGGAAUGGAAAAAGUCAUUAAUAUUACAGGCAGAUAUGUCCAUAUGGAUAGUCUUAAAAAAUAUAUUGAUAUUCUGCUAUGGAUUGAAGAGAAAUGUUACAAAAACUUGAUAUUGAUGCAGUGUGGAAAAGCACAAAAAUAUGAGAAAUUUAAUAAAUGGCAAUAGUGACUGUAAAUAUUGUAUAUUUUGUUUUUUUCACUUGGAUUAAAUAGGCCACUGACU